AUGGACACAUUAAUAUCUUUUAAUUCGAAAAUUAUGAACAAAAUAAGGACUGCAGGUGAUGGAAUGGAAUCAGAUGAAACUUAUACCGAAAACAGAAGUAAAUCUGAUAUAAAAUCAUCUAAAUCGCAUUCUACUAGAGAAACGGUACCUGACCGUUUGGUGCAAAUUUACCCGACAAAAAUUAUUACGCCCGAAAAGAAGAGUUCCCACAUUUACUCAAAGACUCCUAAGUUUGUUCCCUAUGAGCCAUAUGCAGGCGCUGUUAAACCCAUAACACCUAAAUGUCUGACUAAAGGAACUAAAAAAUCCAAAAAUCAUAUGGAUAUAAACACACUUAUUUCUCAAAUGUCACAAAUGGAUACUAAUAUAAAUGAAUUCAAACCAAGAAAUAAAUUAACAUCAUGUAGUGAUAAAUCAGAAGUGGACUCAGACAAACUAAGAGAAAACAAAGAGAUGCAGAAAAAAAUAGAACAAUUAACAAAGGAAAAUGAAAAUUUACAAGAACAAUUAAAACAACAAGCACAGGUCAACAAAGAAUUGAAGACCAUGUUAGUAGCUUCAAUGGGUGAAGAUUUAGAAUUCCAAGUUCAGUCACUCAAUGAGGAUAAGAAACAUUUGGCUAAUGCUUUAGUGAACUCUGCACAGCAUUUGUCUACACAUCAGGAACAAACAGAAUGGCUUGCUGGUCAAUGUGAAGUUUGGAGAAGUAAAUUCCUUGCUAGCAGUUUAAUGAUUGAAGAGUUAGCUAUGUGCAAAAAAGUGUUAAAUGAAAAAACAAUAAACCUACAACAGGCUGUGAAGCACUUACUUGAUGAAAGAUGUAGAAUGAGAGAUAUGUUAAUCUGUACAUAUAAAAAUCUCUAUAGUUUACAUGAAAAUUGGCUUGAAAAUGUUGCCAUCUCAGAACAUAUGGAAAAUAGACCAAUUGGAAAACUUAAUUUUAAUACUACAAUGCCACAUUCAGGAAAUGUACUCGAUUUAGCAUCCACUAAUUUAAAGUUGUCUGAGAACAUUAGUAGUUCUAUAGAAAAACAGGAAAUAAGUCAUCUUAAUUUGUUGUCAGUUGACACUGAGGCUGAAAUAUAUGCAGAACAGGUUAUGGCAAUGCCGUUUGAAGUGAAGAAAGUUAAUGAAGAACCUGUCAACGCCUUAGUACAUCAUGCAUAUAACAACAGUGACAUAUCACCACCGGUUGCAUCUUGUGUACACUGUAAUGGGAAAGUACAGUUAUUA